AAGAAAAGUAAUGUCGAGCCUCCCUUCGAAGAAACUUCUUGACGAUCUCUACAGUCGAUUUGUUGUGAACGGCCCCGAGGAAGAUAAAAAGUCUAUGAAUCGACUCAUGUUUCUUGUAGAGAGUGCUCACUGGUACUACGAAGAUAACGUUGUCGAAAACGACCAAACCCUAAAGUCGCUGUCCUUUAGAGAGUUUACUCGUCUCUUAUUCAAUAACUCUGAUCUGUUGAGACCUUACGUUGCAUCCAUAGAUAAGAUAUUCAGAGACUUUGGUUAUUACAAGUCUCGAAUCCCUGUGGCUGGUGCGAUUAUCCUAGACGAGACAUAUGAACGUUGCUUGCUGGUCAAGGGAUGGAAACAAUCAUCUAACUGGAGCUUUCCACGAGGGAAGAAGAAUUCGAAUGAAGAAGAUGAUGUUUGUGCUAUACGAGAGGUCCUCGAGGAGACAGGGUUUGAUGUCUCGAAGCUGCUUAAGAAAGAAGAAUACAUCGAGAUUACAUUCGGAGGAAAGAAGAGAGUGAGGCUUUACGUUGUGGUCGGUGUGAGAGAUGAUACAGCUUUUGCACCGCUAACGAAGAAGGAGAUCAGUCAAAUCUCAUGGUUUCGGCUUGAUGGGCUUGAAAGUGGAUUCGCUGGUCUCAAGUUGUUUGAGGUUGCACCUUUUCUAGCAUCCUUGAAGUCGUGGAUAUCAAAGCACAUGUCUCCUCUCAGCAUUGACAAGCACCUUAAACCACCACUCUGCGUGUGGACUACAACAAGGAAGACAACGACAAAGAUAACAAUAACAUCAACGGAAAGAAGAUGCAAUGUAAAACCUUGGAAACAGUCUCUAAAGGUCAACAAGUCAGCAAUCUUGCAGGCCUUGGGAAUUUGUUCUUGAGUAGAGUCAGUAAUAUGGUGUGGUCGGAUUGUAGAGCAAAAUAGUACUUUUCUAUUUGGUUUGUUGUACAUGAUUAUAUUGUAUAUCCACUAGUAAAUGAAACCAAGCGGUAUUCUUUAUUUUCAAAGACUUUUUUCUUAUUAAUUUCAGAGCAAGCAACUUAUUGAUAGCAA